CACUUUUACUUUUAGUUCCAGGAACCUCGCAUGCGGUCGGCUUUUGUUUUCAUCAGUCAACUAAUUCGAAUUUGCAGCUUAUAUUUCUGUACUUAUUAUUUAUUUCUUAAUUAAUUAAGUUAUAUCAGUCUAUAAAACAUAUAAAUAAUAUGUCGAAACCACAAUACAAAGUUGCUGAUAUUGGCUUGGCUGAAUGGGGUCGCAAGGCUAUCAUUAUUGCCGAAAAUGAAAUGCCUGGAUUAAUGGCUUGCCGCCAAAAGUACGGACCAUCAAAAAUAUUGAAGGGUGCCCGCAUUGCUGGUUGUCUCCACAUGACCGUGCAAACAGCUGUACUCAUCGAAACCCUAGUUGAACUAGGAGCUGAGGUCCAAUGGUCCAGUUGCAACAUUUUCAGCACACAAGACAAUGCCGCCGCUGCUAUUGCUGCAGCUGGUAUUCCAGUCUACGCAUGGAAGGGGGAAACUGAUGAGGAAUAUUCCUGGUGUAUUGAACAGACAAUUAUGUUCAAGGACAACAAACCAUUGAACAUGAUUCUCGAUGAUGGUGGAGAUCUCACCAACUUGGUUCACGAAAAAUAUCCUCAAUUCUUAAAGGAAAUUCGUGGACUUAGCGAAGAAACCACCACUGGAGUUCACAACUUGUACAAAAUGUUCAAAGAAGGUCGUUUGGGUGUGCCUGCUAUAAACGUCAACGAUUCAGUAACAAAGAGCAAAUUCGACAAUUUGUAUGGUUGCCGUGAGUCUUUGAUUGAUGGUAUCAAGCGUGCCACCGAUGUUAUGAUUGCUGGUAAAGUAUGCUGUGUAGCUGGAUACGGUGAUGUUGGUAAGGGCUGUGCCCAAGCUCUUCGUGCAUUUGGAGGACGUGUUAUCGUAACCGAAGUUGAUCCCAUUAUUGCUCUGCAAGCUGCCAUGGAAGGUUACGAAGUUACAACAAUGGACGAAGCCAGCAAAGAAGCUACCAUCUUCGUAACAACUACCGGCUGCGAAAGCAUUAUCCUUAGCCAGCAUUUCCUAAAUAUGAAUGAUGAUUCGAUUGUUUGCAACAUUGGGCAUUUCGAUUGCGAAAUCGAUGUUGAUUGGCUAAACAAGAAUGCCAAGGAAAAGAUUAACAUUAAGCCACAAGUUGACCGUUACACAUUGUCCAAUGGCAGGCAUAUUAUUUUGUUGGCUGAAGGACGUCUGGUCAAUUUGGGUUGUGCUCAUGGACAUCCAAGCUUUGUCAUGUCAAAUUCCUUUACCAAUCAAGUUCUAGCCCAAAUUGAACUCUGGACCAAGGCUGAUCAAUAUGAAAUUGGUGUUCACAUGUUGCCAAAGAUCCUAGAUGAAGAAGUUGCCAGUUUGCAUUUGGAUAAAUUAGGUGUUAAGUUGACUAAAUUGACUGAGAAACAAUCCAAAUACCUUGGAGUGCCUCAAACUGGUCCAUUCAAACCAAGCCAUUACAGGUACUAGUCAUCGUGACAUCUUUUUUAAGUGUGUUCAAAAAAGUCAGAAAAAAAUUAUUAAUUUUCAUUAAAUGAAAAUAAAUUUUCUUGAGGAAAAUAAAA